AUGGGCUAUCGGAUACUGUACCUUCGUACUGUACGUGUACGUGUUCAGCUGUACACGACUACCAAGGUACAAUACACGUACAGUCGUACACGCAUGCAGCACUAUUUUGUAGGGAUAAAAUACAUGUACGUGUACAUACAGUACACGUACGUGUACAACAUAGUACGUGUACUCAUAAGCGUCACGAGGGGAAAAAAGUUACUUCCACAUUUCAAAAACGUUCACGAAAUGCAUAGGGCACAACUAUCAGAUAUUACCGAUUUCCGGCAGCGAACCCGAAAAGAACUGGAUGCUCCUCGUAAAGAAAUGCACUUAAGACGAGCUGAAAUUAGUUUAUUGAGAAAGAAGUUAAGCAUCGUCGUAAAUGCCUUCCUUGCCGAGAGGAACAAGUCAGAAGAACGAAUUCGUGAGGUGCGAUUUUACUUGUUACGACGUUGUUGUCGCAUUCGUCGCCUUGUUUUUCAAUUGUUUUUCCUUCCAAGAUCGGAUAUCGUAUCGUCAGACGCAGGAUUGCCUGCUCUUGCGUGCAAACUAGUUGCACAACCUCGCUUGCAACCAACCGUGAUACCGUGUUCCCCUUUCCUUCCACGGCCUUUUGCACAGCUCGCAAGGGCGUAUAAACGAGAUUUGAGUGAGAGAGACUAUAGCCUAGCCUCCAUCAAGCUUCAAAUGUGCAAUUACAGACAACACAUCAGGGUCCUUGAAAUGCAGCGCAGUGCAUUGAACGACGACGCAGAGAACAAAAAAGCUGAGUGCGAAAUUCUUGGUGCACAGCUUUCGGAGGAGAAAUACUCGAGCUCGAUGCUUAAGAGUGAAAUUGUUUGUCUGAAAGAAGCUCUGCAGGGUGCUGCAGCCGAUUUAUGUGAAGCAGAUGCUGAGGUUUCACAUCUCAAGAAAAACACUAUGUCAGUUCUCGAGCAUACAAAGGUAGUGGAGUCCUACUGUCCCCAUGUGAAGGAUUCGACGUCGCUAUCCACUUCAAGAAAAACUUCAGGAAUCCUAUUUCGAGAGCACUUCAAAGAAGAAGCUGAGCUUAACUUCAAAGAUUUUCAGUCUUGCACUGGAAAAAACCAUGACGCUCCUGAAAGCUCCAAGUUUCACAAGAAAGGUAUCGGGCAUCAAGUUGAAGAGCACAUUCUGACUUUUCAAGGCAAGUCAAGUCUCGCACACACAGGUUUACCACUGGCUGAAGUGGAACUAGAAUCGAUUUCCUAUGAGGAUGCCGCCGAUCGUGUAUCUCCUCUUGCGAAAUCCUCGGGAAUCCAAAUCAUACCAGGUCAAGGUAUCACUACGAAACCGCUGAGUCCCCAUGCUCUUGACUACAGAGAUAUGGAGAAAGCAGGUACUGCAAAGAAGGUUCAGCCCGCUCAACAAGCAUCACUAGACGAUAAAUCUGUUGGUCGAAAUAAAGUUGUCAGGGAGGCCUGUUUGGAUACAUGUGUCAAAGAAGCUGGUUGCGCAGUGAAAAGUGGACUGCGCGUACCGCUGGUGGGUAUCCAGGAACUAACGAAAGGAUCUGGGCCCUCAGAAGCCACAGAUGUGAGCGCCCGCGGUGGCCUUUCAAAAAAACGAAGACUACUCGGCCAAGUUCCAGUACUUGGCUCUGAUACUCUGCCUUCGGCCUUACUUUAUGGCUUAGGCGAAGAUUUCAGGGCCCCGAAAUAG